AUGUGUACAUGUCUCUGUACCGACUUGACCACGGUUCCCAACUGUCUAACUGCAAGUAUCCAAGUAUCUGUACCAUGGUGGACAAGGUCAAGACCAGGGGGCGCGUGGGCGUGGGCGAAUUACUACAGUAGGCCAAGCUGCACACCCACCCGCCAUUGGCCUGUCACACGAUUUACCCCUGACUGCACGGUCCGUUCGGGGUCUCACCACAGACUGUACAAUCUGUUGCUUUCGGGGGGGGGGGAGGGAGAAGAAGAAAACGAGGAAGCUGCCCAAGCCCAGCCGAUGGGCAUUGGAGGGGGCUUGCGGGCUUGCCCUUGCUCGCAGUGCGCAGAAGCGGACCCUCGCAGCGGCCUUCUGGCUAGACUGUGUGGACCACCUCCCUCUCGCUCACGCAAACCGUCUCCUCCCCCCAGCUUCAGCCUGCCAAAGUGUCUGAACACACCUUCACCACCGCCACCACCCACCACCUUCACCACCACCACCUGGACGGUCGCUCUCCUCGACGUCCGCACCACAACCGCCGCGCUGUGCUGCUGCCUCUCAUUUCCCUUUCCCCUCUCACACUCCCCCGUGCCGUUCCAACACAAACACAAACAAACCCUCCCACACGCCUGCCUCUUUGAUAGAGCGUCUCCCUAUCGCUCACCCUGCAUUCUUCGAAGAAUCACCUGUCUUGGCCCUGCGCCCCCAUCCAACGUCACCGUCGCGCUCAGUCUCGAUCUUGUCUUGGAUUCGAGUACGUCAAUUGAAUUGCCGAGUUUGUUUACAUGA